GUUGUUUUUCUGUUUGUCAGCCCUGUGUUAAACAGGAGACCUCACCAGGGAGUGCCACGCCUCUCCCCCAGCUCCAGCAGCGAUCCCCUUCAGUUCAGCUUCAACCACAGGAAGAGGAGUCUCAUGAGACCCACACUUUCGAGUGGUGCUGGGGUGUCAAGAAGCCAACAACCUUCACCUGCAAUAAACCAGGAACUGUGGAGGACACGCUGAAGAGAAGUUCAAAGUUUAGGGAAAUCGCAAACAAGAACAAAAACAAAGAGCUUGUUAUUCUGAGAGAAGGGAAAGCUAUCAGUUCACACUUUCCUUGCUGCUUAAUUCAAAAUAAACGUCUUACUGUAAAGUACCUUAAACCGGUAAACAAUGAGAACCAACCAGGUAGAGGCUCUGUCCAGCCCAAGAGAAAGGUGCCAUCAGCUGAGCUUGUGAUGUUUCAUUUACCGACAAAGGGAGGCAAAAACGUGGUAAAUAUCAUGAAAAACCCAGCAAUAAAAAGAGACAUUCAGGAAAUUACUAUUUAUGCAUACAAAGGUGAAAAAGUGAAGCAAGCCCUCAGAAGAGACGGACGUUUACUCAGUGCAGUGAUCAAGAACAACCGUGUGCUCUAUCGUACAGAGAAUGAAGUAACCACUGAAAUGUCCGAUCUCGUUGAUGAUCUUGAUGGUAAAACUUUCAAGAUCAUACACGAUAAAUCCAGUCUACCAGAGAGUCUCGAUGAUGCUUAUGAAGCAGAAAACGAACCUGGGACGUCUGACACGAAUGGCUCUCAGAUAUCUGAGAUGAAUGCAGGCCAAGUUCCUCCACAGCAGUCUACCACACAGGUAGUGAGUGACAACGUACCAAAAGAAAAACCAAAGGAAGAUGACAACAAAACAUCAGAAAACAUGUUGCGUAAAAUACCAGAUUCAAAGAUGAUGCAGGAAAAGCUUUCUUCAGACUUUCAGUGUGUAGUGGAGGGAAAGAAAACUGAACGAGGUUCAAAGCUUUCUCGUACUCAGAAUCUCUUCCGUGUAGAGUUCGGAAAGAAUGCUCAGGCCUGCAGGAAAGUGAAAACAAUGAGGAGACUGAUGGAUCUCAGUAAUUCUGUUUGCCAAGUGAGAAUAAAUGGGAAUCCAGGAGGAAGUGGCUUUCUCCUGUUUGACAGCUUCGUUCUAACGAAUGCCCAUGUAGUUAGCAACAUUUAUGAGCGCAGCAGGCAGCUUGAUGAGAAGGUCACUGUGCAUUUCUCUUAUGAAAGUCUCGAGCCGAUGGCGGCAGGAUUCACAGUGAUGGAGGUUGUUGGAUAUGAACACUUUCAGGAUGAGUCUGGAAACACUUACGACUGGGUUUUGCUGAGGCUCCACGCUGAUGAGAACUUGCCUGCUGGUCUCUUACCCAACUUCGGAUUCAUUCCACAGAGUGGUGGGAUUUGCAUUAUUGGGCAUCCUGAUGGAGGUAUUAAAAAGAUAGAUCCAUGCAUGGUUAUUCCGACUGAAAAUCGACCGCAGGUUGUUGAGAGGCAUUACCAUGAGAAUCCGGGUGGUGUUGUAGUGGACAACAGUCAUUACAAGGGGGGCCAGGGGCUAGUUCAUUUGCUUACUGACCAGUUCUUUGGGUGUGUAGGAGGCGUUCAACAUAACAGACAGGAUCUAACCUACGAGACUAGUUUUUAUUUUGGCUCGUCCGGCUCUCCGGUCUUUGAUGAGCACUGUAAUGUUGUUGCGAUGCAUUCAGGUGGAUUUUCCUACAGCAAUGCAAGGGGAGAACUCCAGAGUGUCCUUGAGUAUGGCCACCCUUUGUCCACCAUCAUGGAACACGCCAUCAUCCAGUUGGUGGAAAAAGGAAGGUUUGACGUGUUGGAGAAAUACCUGGCCUGCCCUUAUGCACGACACCAAACCGUGAUGAGCAACGUGAAGGCACUGGUUGAGCGCAGAAAUAACACUUCAUUUAAAUGUGCAGUGUCAAUUAACAUGGCCAUAUACGAGUCAGACGAGAGUUUGAAGACGUUCUUAAACUUCUUCAAUCUGAAAGUGGAACCAGUCCAAAUGGAGAUUGAUUGAGUUUGGGAAGAUGGUUACAAAGCAAACGGUUUCAGAGCUGAGGGUCAAAGUUUUAGCUUUGUUUUCAUCAGGAUGCGUUCAUUUUCACUUCAGGACUGUGUUCAUUGUUUUAAGGAACCAUAAUUUGUUUAAGGAUAAAAAACAACUGUGGUUUCUCUAUACUCGUAUGAAAUCACGUUUAUAUCUAAAUGAUUAUUUUCAUCAGUGCGAUAUUUCGUAAUAUUUUUGUUCAGCAAAUACCAAAUCAUUGGACCUCCUGCAUGAUUCGUUCAUAUGUACAGAUUUAAAUUCUGCAUACAAGCAAUUUCAGAACUUUUUGUGGCAUUCAUCAAUCCUUUCUGGCAUCCUGUUUGUUUUAAGGAAGGAUGAAAAGGUUUUUAAAGGUUACAUUUUUAUUUUUUAAAAGAUUGUCAAUGUGAAAAAAACAGACAAUUUCAUGGAUUUUUAUGGACUGAUUAUCGCUGAUAACAUCCAUAAGACUUUAUAUCACUUUAUGUGGGCGUUACCUUAUGUUUGCAAUGAUUUUGUGGGUGAGAACAGACUCGACUGUUGCUCACGUGUUGUGAAUCUCACAAAGGGUUUUCUUAUUGUUAUCUUAAUAUUAGAGAAAAAUAAAAAAAAUCCUCAGAAAAACUUGUAUCCCCUAUUACAGAUGUAUCUGUAUUGGUGUAUUUCCUGUCGCAUAAGUAAUAACAAAUGACUGUUUGGUCCGGCUCAUGACUUGGUCAGUAGGGUAGCAAAAUUCCAGGAAGUCCGAAACUUUCCAUUGAUGGGAAUAAACGGGAAUAAACCGAUAUUUACUAAAUUGAAGGUUGGCCGUUAACGGGAAACCUUAAGUAAAGUUGGGGAAAAUUUAUUUGAGCAUAAUCUUGUUUUUCAUGUUUUUGUUGUUCAUUAAUAUAAUUAAAACUUGAUAAAGUUCGACUUACUAGAGGUGGUCGGAAACAUCGAGAAAUAAAAAGACUGAAGUGAGAAUUUUCUCUUAUUGGACAAAACAAUUCUUGAUUUAAUUUAAUUUGGUGGACACAAAAUGCAGUUAAACAGUUAAAUCUCAAUAUAUUGUAUCGCAAUACUCACCAUAUCACAAAAUGCUUAAAAUGCAAUAAUAUCAUAUCGUGACUCAAGUAUUGGGAUACAAUCAUAUCAUGGAGCCUCUGCUGAUUCACACCUCUAGUAAUUACCAAUAAAUCUUAUGAAAUGUCAUGUUUAUUUUACUUUGAAUAUUUCCCCAGCUUAAUUUCUCGUGGAAAGUUUCUGGAAAGUUUCCUCCCCUUUGCAAACCCCUUUGGUCACUAUGCAGGAAUGUUUGUUUUAAAAAAAAAAAGCCUUACAGAUCUGUUUUUGCAUUUUUGAAAAACUGUUUUUGGUUGUUUUGUUUUUAAAGAAAGUCAAACCUGGAGCGUUUGAUUUCAUCUUAUUUUUAAAAGAAAUGUAAAAUGUCUGUUUUCUGUUAUUGUCAUUGUAUUAAUUUAAGUGUUUUGGUGCUUUCCUCUUUUGAAAGUGACCAUUUCAAUUUCAGAGGGAUAUUACCCA